GCGAUAUCGGAGGUUUCUUUGGUGACGUCUGGCAGCGCUCGCUGGUCGGGGCUCGCGCUCUCGAUCUCGUCAGUUGUAUACCGUGGUCCGAGUGGGUCAGUGUGUGUCCUUCCCUUAACUUUUGAGUUUACUUGUGGUUCCCUGAAAUCAGUCAAAAUUCGGGUAAAAAACAGAGACCCCGUUCCUGUGUACCAGAUGGAGCAUCCGGAGAUAGAGGAGGACGGACGUAUGUCUGGUACCGACGACCGCGUGUCCGACAUGGAGCAGGAGGACAGCCUGGGCCUGACGGGCGGCGGCCGCGACAGCCCCCUGAAGCCCGGCGUCGGCGUCUGCGGGGGCGGGAUGGAGGGGGAGGACAUCCUCGCCAAGCUCCGGCAGCAGGUCUCCGCGGCGUCGCUCUUCAGCCACACCCGGGAGAGCAUCCUGGGCGGCUCCCCUCCUCCCCCCGGCUCGCCCAACAACAACAAUAACAAUAAUAACAAUAACAAUAACGGACACAACCUCUACGACCGCCUCCACACCCUCCUGCAGGCGAAGAUGAAGAGGGAGGAGGACGGUGAGGGGGACGAGGACUCGCGCGACCUGGUGCUCCGGGCGGAGGCGCUGCAGAGGCAGAGGGAGUCGCUGCUGUCGUCGCCACAGGCGCUCAUGAACGCCAUGAGGGGCGGCGGGCCGCCCUCGCUGGUGCCACCCGGGCCGCACCUGCCGUUCAUCCCCAGCACGGUCGGCCUCCCGCCCACCUCACAGAUGCCGCCCACGCCUGGGUCGGCUGGGUCACGCGACUCCUCCGGCAACGGCACACGCACGCCCUCGCACACGCCCGAGCCGCACCAGAGUCAGCAGUCCUGGAGCUUCGAGGAGCAGUUCAAACAGGUACGAGAACCCACGAAGCACUCGUCCUUUGAAGAAGACAAACGCAAGGUAGGAGCGGGUCGUCGGUUUUUUAAGUAG